AUGAAUUAUAUAAGAGAAAAAGUAUCUGGAAAAAAGAAACGAUUCAUAAAGGAAGGAUAUAAUUUAGAUCUAACAUAUGUAACAAAAAGAAUAAUUGCAAUGAGUUAUCCUGGAGAAGGAUUAGAAGGUUUAUAUAGAAAUCCAAUAGAUUAGGUUGAAUAAAUUAAAUAUAGUUAGGUUGCUACAUAUUUAAAUACAUAACAUAAUAGAGAUUAUAUGGUAUUUAAUUUAAGUGGUAGAAAAUAUGAUCGUUCAAAAUUUGGAGGAGAAGUAUAAGAUGAUUGGUAAUGGAAAGAUCAUCACUCUCCUUCAUUAGAUCUUUUGUUUGAAAUAUGUGAUCUUAUUCAUGGGUAUUUAAAAGGUGAGAUUGUUUUUAAAAAUUAGGUGAUAAAGUUAAUGUAGUAGUAAUACAUUGUCUUGCAGGUAAAGGUAGAACAGGAACUAUUAUUUGUUGUUAUUUGCUUUAUACUGGUAAAUUUCAGAGUGUAGCUGAUGUACUAUACUACUAUGGCACAUAAAGAUUUGAAGUAGAGGGUUUAGGAGUUAAUCAACCUUGUUAGAUGAAAUAUAUUGAAUAUUUCUAUAAACUUUUAACAAUGGGUAUUAAAGGUUAGAUUGUUUAUCCAACAUUUAUUAAUAUCAAGAGAAUAACAUUUUAGGGAAAGUAAUGUUUCAUUAUAUAUUAUUUUAAGAGCUCCUGCUUUUAGCAUGAAUGGAACUUGCAAACCAUAUAUGUAAAUUAUUUAAGUAAAAGGUGAUAAAGAAAUUUAUUCAACACAAAAAGAUGCAAAAAAAUAUAAAGGAGUUUCACAUGAUGUAAAUCAUUUAUAUUAAUUUAAGUUAUUAUUUGGAAAAGUUAUUCCCAUAUGUGGAGAUAUACUAAUUAAAGUUUUUAAUGAUGGAAUGCUCAAAAAUUAAAAAAUGUUCAGAUUAGCAUUCAAUACAGCUUUUAUUGAUGAAACUGCUUAAAAGUAAUAUAUUAUUAUAUUAUAAGCACAUUAUAAUUCUCUUUAAAGGAUUUAGAUCCAUCUUAAUUACUUAAAGAUGAUAGAUUUGAUAAAAAUUUUUAAGUCGUUGUAUAUAUAUUUUUAAAAUUAGAUUUAUAGAUCUAAAUUGAGCCAUGCAUAAAAUGCAAUAAUAAAACAGAAUUUAAUUAGUUGUGUAAUUUUUGUAAACCUCAUUUGAUAAAUGAAGAAAAAUAAUGGAAUAAAAUAAUAGGAUUAAUAAGUUAAUAUAAAGUGCCUGAUGAUGAAUUGGCUACAGAAUUAUUAUUUAUUAAUAAAUCUUUUGAUGAUGUUGAAGAAAUAAUGUAAUUUAAACGAAGUGAAAAUUCAAAUGAUUAUGAUCCAAAAACUCUUGAAAACAUAAAUAAAAGAUCAAGAGCAAAAACAAUAAAAUUUUAAUAAGAAUAAUUAUAGCAAUAAUAAUAAUAAAUUUAAUAAUAAGAAGGAUAAUGUUUCUAAGAAAAUGAUAUUCAAAAUUAAUGA